AUGAGCGCCGCUUUACAAAAGCGUGGAUCAAAUAACCAAACUGUGCCAGCAUAUUAUAAGCCAGCUCCAUCCGAGAUCAAUUAUGGAAAAUUGCGUUUCCUAAUCACUGAUCGUCCAUCCGAUUCAUCGAUCAUGGCUUAUAUUCAAGAAUUGGAAAAACACGAGGCUCGCGCCGUUGUUCGUGUUUGUGAGCCAACAUAUGAAAUCAAGCCAUUGGAAGAACGUGGUAUAAAUGUUCUCGAUUGGCAAUUCAGUGAUGGCUCACCACCAACACCAGAAGUUAUCCAAAGUUGGAUUCAGUUGGUCAAAACUUCGUUCAAGGAGUAUCCAACCAAAAGUAUCGCUGUUCAUUGUGUUGCUGGAUUGGGCAGAGCUCCAGUUCUUGUUGCUUUGGCUCUUAUUGAAGCCGGCAUGAAAUACGAGGAUGCUGUUGAAUUGAUCAGAACGUAAGUUUCAUUAAAACUGUUAAUAUACACUGUAUCACGUUAUGAAGUUUGUAACGAUUCACCUAUAUACUCUCAACUUUGAAUAAUUCUGUAUCGUGUUUGUUUUAGUAGUCAUCAAAAAUUUAUAUUAAAAACCAUAUGUUUUCAGGCAACGCCGUGGAGCACUGAACACUCGUCAACUUCAAUUCCUCGAGAAGUACAAGUCAACUGGAGAACUUCGCAAGUUCCGUUACAGUGUUGAUGGAAAAAACAAAUCGUGCUGCAUUCAAUAA